CUUAGUAUGUAGGGACAGGACUAGAGCCUUAUGACUGGUAGAGAGCUUGGAGCGGAGUUGCUUCACUAAGGUCCAGAAGGAUUUUACUCUGCAACAAUCCAAUUGACAUAACAAGGCCUAAGUUAUCACAGUGCCAAGACUGGAGAGGAUGCAGCAUAAAGAGCUCUUUGGCCCAUGGCUUCUCAGGCAGAUUAACAGUAACAUAUUUGAAGGCGUUUUGUGGCUGAAUUUGGAGAGGACGUUAUUCCGCAUCCCUUGGAAACACCUAAACAUAAAGACUAAAGAAGAAAAGGAUUAUGGGAUAUUUAAGGCUUGGGCAAUAGAGAGUGGAAAGUAUAAUAAAAAGUAUGAGAAUCCCACUUCUUGGAAAACGAACUUCCGCUGUGCUCUCAAAAGUGUUACCUGCAAUGACAUGAAAAUGUUCACCGAAGUAGAAGAUAAUUCAAGCAGCCAAGAAGAUCCCCAUAAGAUAUACAGGGUAAACAUUGUGCCUGCUGUACUACUCAACCCGGCCACUUCUUAUACCGCAUCCAGCACUCCCACCACUAACCUGGCAGAACAAAAUAUACUGAACAUGCCUGAAGAAAAUGACGAGGAAACACUUCUUAUAAGUCCCAAUAACACAGUUAUUGAACCAUUUGAUGUGAAUGGAACAGAACUGGAUUUACUUGAGGAGAUAUUGAGAAACACCAACAUAUAUUCUGAUACAGCAACACCAUUUCCAACAGUAAACUCACAGAAUGGAUUUCCUCAAGAAAAUGGCGUGCUGAAUGUUGACCAUCAACUUACUAAUGGCUUGUACAUGGAACAAAGCAGUAUGUGGCCAAUUACUAAUGGUUAUGAACCAUCUGUACCAGCCCAGACAUUUAAUGGAGCUGUUUGCAGCCAAGGAGUAUAUGUCACACAGCUUAACACUUCAGGAAAUAGCUACCAGCAAGAGCAACCAGUGCAAGGACUUGGCCAGCAAGCUUCUCAUUAUGUCUACAAGGAAAUCAGCACCCUUCAGCCAAUAACUAAUAGCUUUGUACCAUCGGUACACUCCCCAGCCCUUGUAUACAAUCAUCAAAUAUAUCCACAAGCAUCAGAACCUGAUUUGUAUGAUGUCAUACAGAAUCAACCACAUGUCAACGAAGUCUACAAACCUGCCACUAACGGUAUAUAUCAGGAUCCGACUGAGCGUGAAACACAUGCAAGAACUGUGGAACCAGCACCCCCUGCUGUCACUAAUGCUUGUGUUGAUUCUCUGCCCAAUCCAGAGCCGCCUCAGACUACUUCUACAGAAAAGCAAUGCCAUGGGAGCAGUCCUUUACUCACUUCAUGGGAGGUUACAGUCUUCUAUAAAGGGAAGCAAGUUCUCCAGAAAAAUGUGUCCACAAAGUUUGUCAUAAAUACAGGAGUCAUGGACAGUCAGAUGGGACCUGUAGACAUUGUUUGCCUUCCUUCAACUGACGACUUGGUGGACCAGACUCAAAUCAACCUUACCAAGACAAUCUUGGACAAUGUAGGAGGAGGCUUACAGCUUGAGGUCAGCCCACAAGACUAUAAGCUACAUGCAACAAGAGUGGGCAAAUCCAGGGUCUACUGGUCAAUGUCUGGAGGCCUUGACAUAAUGGGGAAUCCGUACGAGGGAAUAUUGCUGAAAAGAGGCAUCCAGGCUGAGAUCUUCGAUUUUAGGAAGUUCUGGGAAGAUUUGGGGGCCUACAAGAUGCAUCAGCGUCAAUCCCCAGAUUAUACCAUAUACAUGUCCUUCGGUCAGAGCCUGACAAACCCUAUAAUGAGGAGACUGGUGUUAGUAAAGCUUGUUCCUCAUUUUGCCUCUUACUGGCACGAGAUGGCGAAGAAAGAAGGGGCCUCAUCAAUCAACCAAGAACUCAUCAGUUUGCAGAUUUCCAAUGGGAGUUCCUUCAGCUCAGACUUAGAUCUGUGUCUAAUGGACAUUGACUUCUCCUGUUUGGUGUAAGCGAGUGCAUAUUAUUAGGAUUGAAAUUGUAUCCAACCUGACUUGUUAGGUUUCAUUAUCAAUGACAUAUAGGCCUGUGACAUGUCCAACAGGGUCAGGACGCCCUGCAAGUGUAACAAAGGGUCUCAGGGUGGGUCCAUAUCCUACUGGCCCCGAUCUGAGAAAAUUCCCACGAGCCCUUUCUUAUUUCCAAUGUAAGCCUAUAUAACCUCUGUAGCAUUUUGCACUGUCUCCAGCUAACACGGGUAAGAGCGGGCCUGGGAUGUCAGCUUCUCUCGUGGGUUCUGGGAGGCCCAGUCUGACAUUGGCAUACACAAGGUAUCCUUUAGGUGCAGGUUACCAGGAGCAAAGUCAGUCUUUAGCAUUAGUGAAGAUUAGAAAGCAAUGUGUGCUGCUAGCGUUGGUUUGACAACCUACACACCAACCGUAACAACCCAUAUAAUACUGUACUUUGUGCAGGUCCCAGCCAAGGCAGGGCUCUUCAACUGAAGAGGUGAAUGCCUGAUGUAUAGAGGUUAAUAUGACCUAUUUGUUACAUAUCAUCUCUUUGUCAUUAGAAUCCAUCCUCCAAACAAGCUGUUAGGUUAAUAAUCAGCUCACUACAUGGAAGCCAUUAGCUCUAAGGCAUGAUGACAUUCUAACCUAUAAUAGCACUGCGAUUCAUGGACUAUGUGCUGCAAACAUAUCAGUUAUACAGUAAUAUACUGUAUGUGUCAAUAUGGCUGCCUCUGCCAUAGGAAUAUGUUGCAUUCCAGCAGAUUCCUGCCUCCAUCAUUGUGGUGGUUAUGUGUAUAGAUUCUUCUUACAGUUUUAUGUCUUUGAGAUACAGAGCAGUAUUUGAAAUGUGAUCUGUUUUGUGCAAAACAUUCCAUUCGCUGAAAAUACAACUCCUAACAUAAUAUUGUAGCAUAUAGCGGUUCUUACUGAAGGGCGGAAUUACACCAAGAAGGUUACGGAUUCGCUGGUCCAUUCUGAAAAAAGCACUUACAAUAAUGAAGACAGUAUUGGCGUAGACCUAAGGAAGUGGUUUAGGCAAGAAUAUUGCUGAGCAAAGGGACCCCACAGGGACCAAAAUGAUUAUCAUACAAUUGUUUGUAAUCAGAGAGGCUGCUGUAAGGUGCCACAGACAGUCACUAUGUAUUGGGCCUGUGGGGGCUGUUUGGGCCCCAUGUACUUGUAAUGCCAGGGCAUAUAUUGAAUCCCAGUCUGGGCUGGGUCACACUCUUGUCUGACCGCAGGGGGAUUACAUUUGCUAUUUCACAGAGAAGAAAAAGGUCACUGUAAAGAAUUAUUGAUCUAUGCACUAUUCUGUAUAAAAUAAUAUAAAAUGAUUAUAAUUUGUAAUUUUGUUGAACAAACCUCAUGCACUAUGAGCAGUGAGCUACAGAUCUGCAGUGAGCUGUUGCACUUUUGUAAAGAAAAAAAUUCCCUUAAAUGUGCAGUAGGAACGGAUGGGAUUAGAGUAGUAUAAUUAGAAAAAGGUAUCGUAACCCUGAAUUUACUAACUAUAAUAGCUACUCCUAUAUUCUUAUUAUUGGAACUGCAAAUACAAAUCAGCAAUAUAACAAUCUUAUAUAGCAGGGGUCCCCGACCCGGGAGCCACUUAUAAAUGGAAAUACAGUUGGGGAGCAACACGAGCAUAAAAAAAAGUUCUGGGGUGCCAAAUAAGGGCUGUGAUUGGCUAUUUGGUAGCCAACAGGAGACUCUGUUUGGCAGUAAAUCUGGUUUUAUGCCUCCAAAACUUGCCCCAAGCCAGAAAUUCAAAACUAAGCAGCUGCUUUGGGAGCAACAGCCAAGGGGUUGGGUUGGGGAUCACUGCUGUAUAGAGUCUGUGUGAUUCAACCUUUGUAUUAAUCAGCACAUUGAGUAGUCUAUUAGCGACAGUAACUGCUGCUGAAUAUUCCGUGGCCUGUAAUUCUUUCCUUACAUAUUUACAUUCUACACCGUUUGUAUACACUGGCCUGUGUUUUUCUACUAAUGUGUUACAAAAUAAAAAUGGUUGUGAACAAAAUA